UGCAGUUAUAGCCAUUUGUGUGUUAUAUAUCUGUAAUAUUAAACAGUCACGUGUUACAUGUAAUUAUAAGCCCCUGGGUGUUAUUUUCUGGGGGUGGGGGUGUUAUUUUGCUUUUUAUUUAUUUAGUUGUUUAUUUAUUUUUUUACCAAAAACCAUACAGUUGAUAGGUUUCACGAAUGUUGCAUUCAAUAUUAAGUAAUUUGUACAAAAAUAUAUAAUCAUUUUCAGUGUGCCAUAUUCAUGAAGCAUAGCAGGAUAGUUAAAAUAAGACGAAGAUGAAUAUACUACAAAUUUUGUAGCCAUUGUUUGGCUUUUCUCAGACUCGAGUACCAAUUAUUUUAAUCACUUUGAUGUACUCACACACUGCACAUCCGCCUGCGUGUUCGACAAGCGCGGUAAAUAGUACUGAUUUUUGAUGUUAUAUGAGUGGGGAUUAUCGCCCUUACACCUAAAACAAUAUUAGCUCUAAACCUAAACAUAUUAUUUAGUUGUAGAAAUGUGGUUUUUCAAAUUGAUUGUUCAUAUUCAAGCUUUACAUAAGAGAAAGAGGGGGGGGGGAUUGAUUGAUUGUUUUGCUGUUUUCCGCCACACUCAACAAUUUUUCAGUAUCUGGUGGCGCCCAGUUUUUAUUGGUGGAAGAGAGAACCCAGAUACAAUGUACCUGGGAAGAGACCACCUACCUUCCGAAAGUAAACUGGUAAACUUUCUGACUUACCGGGAAGAGAAAGAGAGAGAGAAAGCAUGUUUUAAAUGAAUGGCAAGUUCUGUCUGUUCCAUUUGGGUAUCAAACUUUCUCUUUUUCACCAUUUUUAUAUGAAAUAUAUUUCUUUGUUUCAUUCAAAAUUUCUAAUUUGUGAUAUUAUAGGAAACGAGCUUAGAGGUUUCUCAGUGCAGCAUAUAACCAUAGGACUUCAGCCAUGAGAUGAUAGCGUUUUAUAGAUAUAUUACUAUUGUUUUCAAUACAAGCUAAAAUAAAGGAAUUUCUUUGAAAUUGUCAUUUGUCUUAUCUUCCAAAAAUUGUUUAAAUUCUUCUUGAAAUACUUUUAAACAAUCACAGUACCAUAAAAGAGGAGCUAUUGCUAUAAAAAAAAGUGCUAUGUUGCGAUACUUUUGUGUGUGUAUUUAAGGGGGUACUCUACAUUUUCAUAAUGGCUGCCUUCCUUUAAAAACAUGGAUGAAAAAAAUCAAUAUCAGCAUACCUCCUUAAUCAUGAUCAUUAAUGAAAUCAAAACCAAGUUUAAGAUGUCAUCAAAAUAAAGAUUUCGGUUCUAUUGACUAUGAUAUAGCAUUAUAUAGAAAACAGUUGGUUUGUUGUUGUUGUUGUUGUUUGUUUUUUGUUUGUUUUUUGUUUGGUUUUUUUGUUGUUGUUGUUGUUUCUUUUGUAGGAGAAGACAUCAUGUUAUUUCGUUUCCAAUAGAAACUGGGAGAUGGUCUAGUAUCCCCAGAGCGGACAGAUAGUGUAAUUUGUGUUAUUCUGAAAUAGGCGACGAAUUUUAUUAUAUAUUUUUGUGUGAAAAUUUAAGACUUCCGAAAAAUGUACUUACAGCGAAGAUUUCAUCAUAGACCAAAUGCUUUAAAAUUUCAUCAUAGACCAACUAUUUUAAAAUUUCAUCAUAGAACAAAUGUUUUAAAAUUUCAUCACAGACCAACUGUUUUAAAAUUUCAUCAUAGACCAACUGUUUUAAAAUUUCAAUCAUAGACCAACUGUUUUAAAAUUUCAUCAUAGACCAACUGUUUUAAAAUUUCAUCAUAGACCAACUGUUUUAAAAUUUCAUCAUAGACCAACUGUUUUAGACUUUCACGAUUUAUUUUCUUUUACAAAUUUCAAAUUGUUGUUGAAUUUAUCCAGAUUUAUUGGAACUAUAAUGGAUGUGGUCAACCUUUCAUGUUGAUGUUGAUUUGCCACUCCCAAUUAUCUAAACAAUAUAAUUCAGUCUCUGAGAAAUCAAGGUCACAGCUACAACACAAGAGCAACUAAUUCACUGCAAGAAAUCAACUCUAGAACCAAGCUAUACUUUAAUUCAUUUUUUCCAUCUACAAUAAGGAAAUGGAAUGCACUUCCUCGAAAUGUCCAAUUAAAUCCAUCUCUAUCUAGCUUUAAGAAAUAUCUUAAUAUAAGUGUCAUUAAUAUUCCAAACUAUUUUUAUUUAGGAACAAGAAUCGGACAAACACUUCAUGCAAAAUUAAGAUUAGAAUGCAGUGCUCUUAAUCUUAAUAUGUUUCAAAGAAAAUUAUUUAAUUCACCCCUUUGCAUUUGUGGAGAAGUAGAAAGUAUUGAUCAUUUUCUUUUACGCUGUAAUAUGUACUCAAGAGUUAGGACCAAUACAAUUCUGACACGGCCAUAUCCACUUAAUGUAGAAUUAUUGUUAUACGGUAAUGAAAAUUUAUCUGAAAGUGAGAACAACAGCAUUUUUUAUUUAGCCCAAAAAUUUCUUGUUGAAAGUAAAAGGUUCUGAAAGCUGUUCUACUACAUCUACAUGUAAUACUGUCAUAUUGUAUAUAAAAUAUACUCAUGUGCACCAAGGUUGUAAUAAGUGGAAAACCUGUGUUUAUUACUUAUUGUUUAUAUGGCACAACUCUACAAUUUAUUAUUUCAACUUUGUCUAUAGUUUAUAUGCAUUUGAUCUGUAUCGACACUUAUCAUACAUAUAAACGUGUGUUAUUUUUUCUCCCAAUACUCAAUUCCAGCUUUUCUCUCUUAUUCCUAUUUCUUUUUGUGUGUAUUAUAAUAAUUAGUAUACGACUUAUUUUACUUAGAAUGAAUUUUCAUUCACUUCUUACUUGCGAGAUUAAUAUAAGUCUUUUGGCUUGUUUCUCAAUCUAUUUCAUGUAUAAGACAUUGUUUGUAAACAUUAUCUAAUUAUUUACGAAUAAAUAUUGUUUAAACUAUUCUAUAGUCUCCAUUAUUCUAUAUGCAUCUCAACACGCAUGUAUAUAUCACAGGGGCUAAGCCCGUUUUGGGCCCGAACUCUGUGAUACCAUAGAUAUAGAUUUAUGGUAUCACAGAGUUCGGGCCCAAACCGGGCUUAGCCCCUGUGGUAUAUAUAAAUUUUAGUGUGAUUGUCUAUGUAUUUCACUAUGUCAUGUUCAUUGACGUGUGAGAAUAAAUGAAUGGAAUGGAAUGGCUUCUUUUAGAGACUUUCAGUUGGUUACGGACACAAAUAUCAAUAAUAAAAGUUUAUGAAUCUUUGUUGUUGUUUUUUUCUUUCAUUGAAAUAUGGUAAAUCACAAUUUUACAACACAAAUUUUCGACAUCAAAAUGACAGCAACUAUUGUUUUAAUGUAAAUUACCUUAAAAUACUUAAAUUGCGUUGAUGAAAUGUUAUACGCAUCUAGACCGGGUCCGACCUGAAUAUUAGUCACGUUAGUGUAGAUGAAGUAGUCAUUUAGUUGCUACAUUGCGUCAUCCUGAUGUGUCGGGUCUCGUGAUCAUUAAGAAAUGGUCACAAGAAUAUUCAUCUCCAACAUCCUGUUUAAAAGUCGCCUUUCUCUAUUCCGCGUACAAUCACAAAUUAUGAAAAAAAAAAAAUCUGAUUAUUUUUUUCUCUAACAGAAUGGCAGAAUUCUCGCCCAUAUUAUAGUUUUUCAAAGUAAGUCAAACUCCAAGAUCAAGACAAUGAAGUAAACUUAUUUACUACAUAAAGAAAGCUCUUGUCAAAAGGAAUACAUUUGUGAAAUAUAAAAACGCUGUCGCUAGCCAUUCCAACGUUAUGGGCUGGCCUAAAUUCAGAUUUGUCAAAAAUAGGUUAAAUUACAAGGUGAAGGUCACAAGGUAAAAAUUGAAGCAUAGAGACUUUAAUUUGAUAUAUUAUGUCCAUUCAAUAACGGACAUAACAUUCCCUCUAGAUCACAGGCAAUUGUAUCGCUUGGGGUCGAAUUUACUAUAUAAUUUAUUGUUUUUACAUCGGCUAACUUGGAUACCCUAUAUUUAGAGUUCUAUACCUUUACUCUUUAUAUAGUAAAUUCGACCCCCAAGCGAUGCAAUUGCCUGUGCUCUAGAUCAUUAGAUCAUGGUGGGGAAGGGGGGGAUAUGAUUUUUACAAACUAGUUGUUUGGGGUUGUUUUUUUUGUUUUUUUUUUUAUUAUUAUUUUUUUUUUUUUGGUGUUAUGGUGGUGGUGGUGAUUUGAAAAUACAUAAUCCCUUGAAUAUAAAUCUACUCAGACAACAGAAACUCUCAACAGGUCAAACCAAGACAAUUAUAAUGUAGUCAAUAUUUCAUAGACAUAAUCAUUUCACAAAAAUUUAUCAUUCAUUUUUGACAUUGAUAAUUAUUUCAGAAACAAUUUUAAUCAUUUUAACAUUCAUGAUAUUAUUUUUGAAAUAUGAGCGGAGUACUGGUUUGAGACGCGCGGGUGUCAAUCUCGGUAUUUUUUUUUUUUUUUUUUUUUUUUUUUUUUGUUUUUUUUUUUGGUAUUUUUUUUUUUGUCCGUAAAUUCGGUCCAGUGGGGGUUUCGGGGCUUGAAAUCCCCCAUUUUGUUGUAGAAAAUUAAAUUUGAGGAUGGACUCCCCCUUUGAAAACCAAAAUUACUGUAGAACACCCCCCCCCUUUUCCCCAUUCAAAAACUUCUGGAUCCGCUCGUGUGUCCCCCCUUUUAGAUCCGCGCUUGUAAAUCGUUUAACAGUACGUUUUUUUUAAGCAAUAUAAAUGUAAAGAUAAGAUUAUUGCGCCCGUGGACUGUAGAUAAACAUGUAUUGUGGUAACAGACAAUGCAUUUAACGACCCGGCAUUAAGCUUUAAACGACAGAUAUCACCCCCUGCUUAUUGUCUUGUUCCGAAGAUUUUGUUUAAAGCCGACAGCAAUUAAUUAAAAAAAAACCAGAGGCCCACGGCGGGGUAUCGGUACCUCCGUCAAAUUAAUUAACAAAUAAAUAAGUAAUUCUGAAUAAUUGAAAUAGGAAAGAAAAAUCGAUGAAACAGUUUUACAAGGGGAAUUAGAAAACAUUAAUAAUUGAUUGCGGGUGUAAAUACAUUAGACAAAUUAGCGUUGGUAAGAAAGGGAAGGACAAAGGUCUUAGAUAAAUAAGAACCCCGACAGUCUAAGCGCGCCUCAAUGUUCGUUUUGUUUUAAAUCGGGCUUUAUGCAUAGUGUUCGCACAACGAAGGAUAAUACCAGGUGAAUUUCAAUUGAAGUUGAAGUGAAAUUUCCGAAUGAGAUAAAAUUCGCAGUGUUCACCAAGAGUAAUAAUGUGACAACCAAACAAUCACAGCCCUGUCCCGCGGACAUUUAUCUCACUCAUUAUGAAUGCAGGAUCCGUGACCUCUAAGAUGGAAGAAAAAGAGCACGAGAUAAAUGUAAUCACGUGCCCAUUAUGCUUACGUCACUACAAUGGUCCCAAACAGCUGGACUGUCUCCACAACUUUUGCGAGGAGUGUCUAAAUGCUUACAUCACUUCCGACGAGAACGGCGGUCUGCAAGAUGGAAAAUUCACCUGCCCCGUUUGUCAUAUCCCGACCUCCGUGUCCGUGCCGGCGUCCGGUCGGGAAUUCUGGGCGGGCCAGCUUCCCAACAAUAACUUGAUAAUGUCGCUGGCGGACGGUGUUCCUUUCAACAGCGAUACACAGGUAUGCAAACCCUGUAGAAGAGAACAGAAAUCAACAGUAGCCCGGUACUGGUGCAGGGACUGCUUCGAACCGCUGUGUGAAUUUUGUAAAGGUAUUCACCGUAAAAUCAAACAAAUAAACGGUCAUCGCAUCAACCCGCUCGAGGAAAUUCGGGAUAAGCCCGGGGCCCAGCGUCUAGGGUCAAAAACAGACGAGACAUGCACUGAACACAAAGGGAAGAGUGUUGAGUUAUUCUGCCCGGGGCACCGAAAACUCUGUUGUGUUGUGUGCUUCGCCACGCAUCAUCGAGAAUGCCCGGGAAUCCAAACGAUCGAUGAAUUAUCAGAAGAUAUAAAAAGCGCGGGAGACCUAGCGGAAGUGGUGGAUGUCAUGUCAGAGGUCAUCCAACGAGCAGACGAACAGAUCGCCGACAAAACACAGGCAGCGACGAUAUUGAAUUUCAAAUAUGCAGAACUGACCGAGAAAAUCGAACUACUGACCAAAAAGGCCAUCGAACGACUAGAGGUGCUCCGAGAUGAAUCGCUCAAUAAAUUCGAAAAGCACCACUCGAAAGAGACGAAGAAGAUCGAACAUGAGAAAGCUGUUCUCCAUAGCUCUAAACUUGCAAUGGAUCUCGACAUGAAAUAUUUAGAAGCCGUGGCUAAACAUGGAAGCCCAUCACUGCUAUUUAUCACUUCUGAACGAUUACGUCAUCAGAUUGGAUACCAUCAGGAAAUUCUGGCUGUUGACAGAGAGAGAGCUGAAGAUCUGGAUUAUAAAUUUGAGUUUAACGAUCAAUUUUUGAUGACAGCUGAGAAAAUGACAUCUUUGGGAAAACUGAAGGUCCUGCGUGCGCAGCUGAAGAUUAACAACAAUGACGUCACGGAGCAGCCCUCUCAGGUUGGGAGCAUUACGUCACGAAGUGCCGGAACAUACACAGUCAUGUCCGGUAAAAUUCCGCAAGUAGUCAUCGACAAUCCGGAUCCGUUCAGUCUCAAACUGAUUAAGGAAAAGGAUUACGACGGAUCGAUGGCGAAUGAGAGGCGGAUUGUGUGGUUUACUGGAGGAGUAUUUAUGUCGGAUGGUAUUCACUUUCUCAUGGCUGACUACAACAACCGCAAAAUUAAGAAAUUUAAGAAAGAUGUCUACCACCCAGUCAUGGAAUUUCCACUCGAAUCGGCUCCGUGUGACAUCGCAGCAGCGGGUGAUAACGAGGUCAUCGUAACUCUUCCGCACGUGUGUAAAAUUGCACGCUAUCAGAUCCGAAACGAAGGGCUGAAGUUACUAAGUGCGAUAACAACGUUUUCUGCACCAGAGGGCGUCGCGUGCAUGGAAGACAAGAUGGUUGUGUCAUUUGGGGACUGUAUCAAAAUACUGGGAGAUGAUGGAGGUGAGGUUAUUUCAAUCCCGACCCAGGAAAGCUACACGUAUACCGCCCCCGUGGUAGUGUCACGUGACAACAAGAAAUUUUAUCAUCGUGAUGGUGAAACAAUUGUGUGUAGAUCAAAAGAAGGAGACGAAAUAUUUAGGUAUCACGAUAGCACGCUCCGAGAACCGGCAGGCCUCGCUUUAGACUUCGAGGAAAACAUUUACGUCUGUGACUGCAAAUCGAACACGAUCUUCCAAGUGACUGCAGAUGGAACUCAGGGGCGGAUCAUUCGAUCAUCCAGGGUGUGUGUGGGUAGUCCUAUCGGGAUAGGGUUCGACAGGACCGGCUGGAGACUGUGGCGGGCAGUAUAAGGGGGAACUUAUACUGCCUCGCUAGAGAGCUAGCUUUUCUAGUGAUGUGGUAGAGUCUCUCUCUUGAUCACGCAAGUUAAGCACCGGAGAACGUGAUCAACAUUUGGCUUGGUGGCAGCAUAGUGACGUAGUGCCCCGAGAAACAAGACAUUGUAAUAAAUGUGAAUUAAAUGAAAUUGGUAAUGUUUAAUCGCAAAUCUCUGAUUGAUAUAAGAAAACAAUGUUUAUCACCAAAACAAUACGUUUCAAAAACACCAUCACUUUUAAAAAUAUAAUGAAUUCAAACAAGCAAUCUUUUCUAAGAAAAUUGUGUUCCUUUAUAAGAAAUAUUAAUAAACUAUGCUCCCCGACCCAAUGACUACUCGAAUCUAAAAUUGCAUAUGUUGCCUACAUUUUUUGUGUCUCCAAACUCACGCAUGCCUUAAAACAUUUAGUGAUAUAUUACCAUCACUUUUAUAUAAAAUAUAUGUACUAAAUCUCUGUAUACAAUUGUGUAAUUGUGAUGAGAAAUAAAUUCAGUUCAGGUGUUUGGCGGGAGGCCUGCUUCAGGUAGAGUCUCUUCGGAGCUCUGUGUACGGACGGAUUUAUCUGGGGACGAUAGUGGUUGUCGUCAGGAACGGCGGGUGCCGUUAUUGAGCAGGUGCCAAACACCCACGCUAAGCUUCGGGACGAGCUUCCCCGAGCGUAUUUUUACAUAGCUCAAUGAUAGCGACUUAGCUUUGUUUCCGGAAGGUCGUGCGUUCGAGCCCGCUCAGGCCAUGGCGGAGUCAAACCUAAGAAAUAAACAUGGGCUGUGAUUGUUCCUUCGCUAAACGCUCGGCAUUUAAAAGUGAGAAUCACGGGUCUUUCAGAUAUUACCAUAAAAGUUGCGGUAGGCGUUGC